AACUACGUUCCGAUAGUGUGUCAUCGUUUGCAACCAAACAACAGUUGUUCUACAAACAUCGUCGGAGUCGGCAUAUCUUUCAUCGGCACUGCCAGAACGUUGAAAUUCUUACAAAAUACCUUUAUCUUUCUUCGCGACCGGUUGAUGAUUUCAUACUUUCUUUCAAAUAUAUUUCAUAAUAAUUCGUAUCUUUUGCUUAAGAAAUUUCUUUCUACCGAAAUUACAAAAAUAAUAAUUUGAUAUCAUCAUCAUUUGCAUUGAUAACAGAGUCAAAAAGAAAAUCGAUUUUAUCCAGAUACACCGACACACCGAAAUCAAAUCCAAAAAGAUUCAACAGCUGAAUUCGCACAGAAUCAAAAUAAACAAGAGCAAAAAGUGUAUUGUUGUUAUUUUUUUUUUUUUUUUGUAUUCAAGUGAAAAUCCCACAACAAAAACAAAAUCCACCAGUAAACAGGGGAAAACCAUCUCGCAAAAGUUUUUAAAAUUCAAGAGAUUUUUCGUCAUAUCUAUCUAGCGAUUUACGUCAUUGAGUACAUUUGAGUAGAGCGAAAGCUUCCUGUUUCACAUAUAUCCGACUUUUGUGAUUCAAAAUUCAAUCCCAAAACAAGCUACAAAGCUUUUCAAGCUACAAAACAACACACCGAACAGAACCCAGGAGAGAGAAGAAAAGAACAAAAAGAAAGAAAAAAGUAUCUGCGACUAAAUACACACAUCAACUUCUUUCAUCUUUCGGUCGGAUGUAUACUGGCUAGUGAUUUUAUUGUAUCUCAAUCUUCGGACGUGCAUAAAAUUUCGGCAAUAUUUGCGGUCAACACUUUCCUCCAUCAAAACGCUGAGAAGAUUUAUAGAUUCAAAAAAAUUCCGUUCUAUUUAGGGAAUUCUUGGGGUCUUAACAAACAAAAAACAAGUGAUAUCUUUUCUAAAAAAAUUGUCAGCUGUUUCUUCAUGAAUUUGUGUGUUGUAUGACAAGUGUUUAGCGAUCGUGCUUGAAAUAAACAAACAACGGCAACACUUUGUAUAUACUCACUUUACUCGCGUCAACAAUUAUAAACAAAAAAAAACAAACGACGACCUACUUUUAUCUAUAUUCUUUGUUCUCGCUUGAAUUUGGAGAGAAAUUUUUUUUAAGUACCUUAAAAUAUUUUUUUUUUUACAUUUACAAGCCAAAUAAACAGAGUGAAAAAUAAGUGUUUACUUAGUGUUUUUAUCUCAACACAACGAGUAAUGAUUAAUUACCAAUUUAUUCACAUCCCUAUAACAACUAAUCGACAAGAAAACCUUUAUAAACAGUUUUUGGUACCAUUUAUGAUUGAAACAAUACAAAUAACACCACAAACAAAGUAUCUUUUGAUAAAGAACAAUCUCAAAACACUUAUUGAUUUCACUUAAAAUACGAAAAUUUUUUUAAACAAAGAACGAAUAAAAACGAACAAAAAGUAACGAGAGCGAUAACAACACUAUUUUCAGUCCGAAGAAAUAAAGAUACAAAACAAAAACAAAAGAAUAAUAAACGAAAAAAAAUAUAUUGUUUAACUUGGACAAAAUGAACGUCAAUAGUCCGAUAUUUGUACCAAUGGGUCAUGUGUCGGGAGGGGGUCCAGCUGUAACGGCUGCAGUUUCAGUUCCACAACAGCAACAAUCGAUGAUAUUGAUGUAUGAUACAGCAGCGAGUUCAUAUCAUCAAUCGCCAUUUACAACACAAUACCGAAAUAACUAUCAAAAUCAACAACACCAGCGUUCGCAUUUUCAACACCACCAACAACAACACGAACAACGUGCAAGAUAUUUACAGCAAUUGCAUCAAAACAAUAGUGUGGCAGCAUUAGCUUUGAUGGGUGGUGGUCAAGUUCCUGGACCCUAUCAAUUGCAAUUCUUCCAUCAACAACAACAAGCAGCAGCACAACACCGCCCCCUAAUUACAAAGGAAGAAGUCGAGUAUAUGUUGCGUUUACAACGCAGAUACCGCAAGGUCGAUACAACGUCAGCAGAGAUGCAGGUGCACCAAAAACAAAAUGACACUUUGCAACGUGACCGUAGUAAGGCAAGUCAUUCCACACAACGCAACAAUAAAAACGAUAAGGACAAUACAAAACAUGAUAGCAAAUCCGAUGGGUUAUUGACAGGUAAAUGUCAAAAACACAAAUCGGUUAAAAAUGUUCAAAAACAUCAUCAAAAAAAUAAUCAUAAAUUACAUAAUUUGGAAAAUAAUCAAAAUCAAAACAGUAAUAAUUAUCAAAAGAAAUCAACUGCAACAACAAGAGCAAAUGACAAGGAAUUUGAUAAAUUAUUAACAACAAAAUUAAAUGGAAUCAGGGAUAUGGACUUUGCCAGCAAUGGCGAAUAUUUUGCUUCAGGAACAGAAGAAUCAAUAAUUAAACGCCAUAAUCCGAUUCAUCGCAACAGCACAGCAAGCGAUUUAGCUAGCACAAGUGAUGAAGUAAAUUCAGUUAGCAGUCAUGAGGAUCUCUCUGAUACUUAUGAUUUGGUAAAAGUGAAUAAGAAAACUGCCAGAGCUAGACGUAAUCGCAAACAACGUCGUCAACAGCAACAACAAUUGCAAGAUCAACAAAUAUCAUCAUCGGAAAAUCAUCAACAACACCAACAACAACAAAAUCAACAACAGUCAAAGAAACAAAAUAAAAAUCUAUCAAAUUCUUCUUCAUCAGUAUCAUCAUCAUCAUCUUCAACACCAUCAACACCAAAUAAUUGUUUAUUUCAACAACAACAAAAAUCAAAUAAAUCAUCUCGAAGAAAUGGCAAAACAAAUAACAACAACACUGCCACAUUACAACAACAACAUCAGCAACAACUACAACAACAGCCAAUUUCAAAAACUGCCAAAAAUCUAUUGCUGCAUUCAUCGGUUGAAACACCAUCAUCAUCGGCAACAAAUUCGGUUUCAUCAUCACCAACUGCCUCGCCAAAAGCAAAGAGAAUCGGCAAAAUUCGUCAUCACUUAUUUGAAUCUCCACUCAGUUUAGUAGAUGUUUUGUCAGAAUUUGAAAUUGCCAGUUAUUUACGUCAGUAUGUGCCGGAUGCUAAGAAACUUAGAAAUUUCGGUUAUCCCGUUGAGAGUACCGUUUAUGCGGGUUGUAUUGAGAUCUAUAAGAGUGUGCCCAGCUUUUUUCCACCACGUGCUACAGCUACCAGACAUCAUCAUCACCACCAUAAUCAUCAUCAGAAUAUUGGUGUGGUGAAUUCAUCGGAUGGUUUGAAGAGUUUCACCUCACCCAAUCGUAAACUGUCAUCCGGUGACAGUGGUAAGGGUAGUGGAACUUCAACACCACUGUCAUACAAUGCCAGUCCAGCUGACAGUGAUUAUUCGGAAGAAGAAAAUACAGCUGAGAUGAUGUAUUCACAAGUUGUGGAGAAAAACUGUGUACGCUGUAGAAAACCAUUCAAAGUCACCACUAGUGGUGAAUUUAUCACUCGAGAACCCUGUAAUUACCACUGGGGAAAACAAGAAGCCGGAGAGUAUAUGGAUGAAAAAGGUGACUCUACAUCGAUUACAUUCUUUUCGUGUUGCAAAAAAGUACCACCAGAGCCGUGCACACAAAAUCAUGUGCAUGUCUGGACAGACAUCACAUCAGGUCUAAAUGGACCUUAUACAGACUUUGUGCACACAGAACCCAGACGUCGUAUGAAGAAAAACUUCUCCGAAGACGAAGUCAAGAUUUACGCUCUAGACUGCGAAAUGUCAUACACCGGCUUCGGCAUGGAAGUGACAAAAGUCACUGUUGUCUCAUAUAACGGGGUACCCGUUUACGAAAGUAUUGUUCAUCCUCGAUCAGAAGUCGGUGAUUAUAAUACUCGAUUUUCGGGUGUAAGUGAAAAAGAUUUCGCACCCGGCAGCGAGGCAAGAACACUCGAAACAGUACAAAACGAUUUGCUUGAUCUCAUUGAUGCCGAUGAUAUAUUAAUCGGUCAUGCGCUAGAAAAUGACUUAAGAUCCUUGCGGAUAGUUCAUAAGCGUAUUGUGGAUACUGCUAUUAUUUAUCCACAUCCAAAUGGAUUUCCAUUUAGACGUGGAUUGAAGAGUAUUGUUACAGCAGAACUUGGCCGUGAAAUACAAGUUGAUGAAGCCGGCCACAGUAGUUUAGAAGACAGUUUGGCAUGUCUCGAAUUGAUGCUUCUUAAGGUGCGUUCUGAUUGGAGAGCAAAAUCCACUAAAAAAGCAAAAUCUGAAACGCAGCCUAUAAUACCCAAGUCCGAACAGUUUGUGGUGAUCUCUCAACAUCAAUCCUCCGCUCUGUUGCACCAGAAAGCGUAGAUCGCGAACACAAAAUUUGCAACUCUGCAAUUUUUCUUUGUUUCUUAGGCAUAAAAAAUAUUUUUUUUUGUAUAAAAAAUUGUUUCAUUUUGAUAGAAUAUUAAAAAAAAAAAUCAAAAAACCGUUGAAAGGGUAAAAUUUGUAAAAUAGAAAGUAAAAACACCUUAAAACCAUAUAAAAACACAAGCAACACAAAAAAAAAUCAAGUGGAAAUCUAUUAUUUACAAAAAAAAAAAGAAAACAAAAACAAAAACUGGAGCGGAAUUUAAAAAAAAAUAUAUAAUAUAACGAACUGAUUUAUUGCUGUGAUUUUCUCUUUUUCUCAUUUUUAAUAUAAAUAAACAAAAAAAAAUAUCUAUUUCAGAUAUUUUUUUUAUAUUUUUCCACAAUAUCAUUUUUUGUAUAUCAGUUGAAAAAAAAAAUCAAAAAAAAAUGUCCACUCCAUAUUUAUCGUAUGAAGAAAAUUGUCUUCAUUU